AUGCACACGUGCCCGCGCGGCCCGCCCGCGAUCAACGCGGCAGCCCCGCAGUCAACGUGCAUGCGCGUCAUCCGCGCCGCGUCGCACCCGUCGCGGACCCACCCCCACGUCCCCUGCCCCACGCCAGUCCGCACCCGUCGCGGCCCCUGCCGUCCGCCAAUCACGCCGCCCGAGGCGCGCAUGCACGCAGGCGGUUUCACACGCGCGUGCCGCCUGCCGGACGCCACCGCUGCCGCCUGCCGCCGCUGUCGGCUCCUCGCCUGCCGCGCGACCGCUGCCGCCUGCCGCUGCGCCUGCCGGACGCCACCGCUGCCGCCGCUGUCGGCUCCUCGCCUGCCGGACGCCACCGCUGCCGCCUCCUCGCCUCCCAGCCGACAGGCCCGCCGCCUGGUUUGCCCCGCCGCCUGGCAUGCCCCCUCCGGACGCGUCGUUCGCGGCGGCCGAGGGUCAAAGCGCCUGCCCGCCUGCCGCGCGAUCAUUAACGCGCCGAUGUUAAUAGCCCCGGCGUCCCACCCGCGACCUCCCCUCCCCCGCAUCGCUCCGCCCACAGCCCGCCGCUUUAUAAAGGCCCAGCCCGUCCCUCCGACGCCCACCCCGUCCCUCCCACGCCCACACCCGCACCCGUCCCACCGACGACCACCGUCGAUGGCGUUCUUCCGCAUCAGCAGCAGCACCGGUGGCGGCGGCGACGACGACGACAAACCCGGUGCAUGGCCGACGAGCAUCGGAGUGCCGGAGACGGUGGAGCUCCACCGCUACUGCCUCCCCGUGCCGCCGGGCUAUCGUCUUCCCCGCAACUGGAAGAUCGACGCGGACGGCUACGCGACGCCGGGUCCCGGCGCGACGGAGGAGGAGCUCCGCAACCACAGCGGCGGCCGACACAACAUCGAAGCGGCCGUCUUCGCGCACCGCCUCCACGGCACGAUCGCCCCUCCCUCGCCGCCAGAGAUAGAGCUGCCGCCGGAGCAGGUCAUCCUCCGCGAGGACGGCGAUCCGGAUGACACCCCGAGGUACCACGUGGCCGUACGGGCGUCAGAGGCUACGGCGGCGGCGGCGGCGGUGAAGGAUGCCGCCGAGAUUGCGGCCGCAAUCCAGGCGGCCGAGGCGAUGGCGCCGCCGGAGUCGCAGCAGGUGCCGCCGGAGUGGCAGCAGGCGCCGGCGGCGGAGGAGGAAGAGGAUUCGGACGACGUCCCGGUGGACUGGGACGACGUCGCGAACCGGUCCAGCAGCGACGAUGACGGCGGCAACGGCCCGGCCGUGAUUGACCUCGUUGAUAGCGACGCCGAGUAG